GUUGUCUGUGCCGCUGUAAGAGAAAAGAGCGCAAGGAUGCCACCGCUCAGACCCUGGGGUGACUUCUUCCUCAGGAGAGGUUUCGCCAGACCGGCUAAUUUUAAGAAAUUUCAGGACAUAUUUAUCAGCAACCUGCUUUAUUAUCAGACUAAUUAUCUGGUAGUGAGUACUGCUGUUUUCAUCAUUCCAGGGUUCAAGGAACCUGUGUCAAUGAUCAAAGGCUUGGGCGCGCUCUUGGGCGUUUUUCUAUUUUCAGUUUGGGCAGGAGAAAUACAACCGCUGGUCUACCUCAAGAGAUGGAGUCCCUUUGCUUUUUUGGUCACAAUGUUUUUGGUCUUUGACUUUUUUAAUUUGUUGGUACUUUACAACGAGACAUUUGCAUUAGCAACCUAUUCAUCACUGUCUGUGUUGAUUCCACAUGCUUCCUUUCGUUACCGCAACAUAGACGAGGGGCAAUACCACAAAGAGGCUGAACAACUGAAGGGAUCACCUAUGGGUAUUUUACUCAUAGGCCGGGUGAAAAAGAAUACCAAGAUGAAAUAAAGGAGACGGGAUGAUUGAAAAAGCACUUCUUGAGAAAAAUAUGACGUUUUUCCUUCAGAUGAAACAACAGUACUGUAUCUGUCAAUUAAACUUUUUAAAGUUUCUCUUUUGAUAUUAAAGAAAAGGCUGUACCUGUAUUUCUACCUAUGAAUGUCUUAGGUCACCUUACAGAGACAAUAUUUUUGAAAUACUCAUUUGAUUGCUCUGUUGCCAUUGCAGAUUGUUGUUUUCCAUUUAAAGCUUUCUUA